CUCCGACGAGGACGAGGGCGGCGAGACCAAGCGGAACAACAACCCGCGCAAGAUCCGCCUCUGCCGCGAGCUCUCCUCCCUCCAUCUCCCUCUCCAGGAUUCGCUUCACCGACAUCGCCUCCGCCAAGACCAGACAAAACCACGGGGAGAUGAGCAGCCUGAGCGAGUCCUGCGCCGCCAAGCUGGCCCACACGUGCCCGGAGGAGCUGGUCAACCACAACAAGAACUUCCUCACGAGAGUCUACCCCAAUUCGUCCCGCGUCGACUCCUCCAACUACAACCCGCAGGACUUCUGGAAUUCGGGUUGCCAGCUAGUGGCGCUCAACUUCCAGACUCCGGGCCAGAUGAUGGACGUCUACGAGGGCAAGUUCCGCGCCAACGGAGGCUGCGGCUACCUCAUCAAGCCCGCCGUCAUGAGGGAGCACAUCUCCGUGUUCUCGGCCAACUCCAGGGAGACCAUCCCGGGGGUCGCGCCGCAGCUCCUCAAGAUCAAGAUCAUCAGCGGCCAGUGCCUGCCGAAGCCCCGAGGCUCCACGGCGACGAAGGCCAGCUUCAUCGACCCUUACGUCGUCAUCCAGGUGUUCGGCAUCCCGGCAGACUGCACAGAGGCCAAGACCCGCACCGUGAGCAACGACUCCAGCUUCCCGAUCUUCGACGAGAGCUUCGAGUUCCUGAUCAACCUGCCCGAGCUGGCCAUCGUCCGCUUCGUGGUCCUGGACGACGAGUUCAUCGGGGACGACUUCGUGGGCCAGUGCACCGUGCCCUUCGACUUGCAUCCAGACGGGAUACCGCCACGUCCGCCUGCUGUCGAGCAUGGGCGGCCGAUGGACAACGCCUCGCUCUUCGUGCACGUGUCCAUCUCGAACCGGAGGGGCGGCGGGAAGCCGCAGCGGGUGAAGGGCCGCCGGGCGGACAAGGUGCAAGCCGACAUCAAGCCCGUGGGCCUCAGGGCAGCCGACGACAUCUUCAAGGAAGCGCUGGCCUCCCUCACCGAAGCGGAGUUCGAGGAGAACAAGGUGGAGCAGGCGUGGACGGACCUGCAGGACGAGUGCGGCCUCGAGCACACGGCCAACAUGAAGCAGUGCCUCAAGGUCACGAUCUCGCGGUACAUGGCUCACCCGGACACCAACCAGCUGAGCAUACGGGAGGAGAACGGGAUUCCAUUUCUAAGGAGUUCUUGCCCGGGUCCUCUUCCGUCACAUUUACAUAAAUUAGAAGUUGCAUUAGAGAAGGUCCUCCUGGAGAUCCACCACUUCCUGACUCACGGCGACGCGCUCCGGACCUCGCUCGAGUCGCAGCUGAAGCCCGCCCUCGGCAUGUACGACAACCUGGAGAGCCUGCUGUCCUCGCACGGCGUCAAGGGCAAGAAGGCCAACAAGGCGACGGAGAACUUCGCCUGGAACGUCAGGAUCAUCCGCGGCCAGUUGGAUCGGCUGGAGGCGCUGAAGAAGAAGUGCAAGAUGGCUUUGGAACAGGUGGAGUCGACGAAGGCCACGCUGGACAGCCUGAACACGCGCGAGCGCUCGCCGUCGGUGCGCGAGCGGCCGCGCCUCACGCUGGCCAACCGCCACAACACGACGGAGAACCUGACCACGUACGGCAGCCUCGGCCGCUCGCCGACCACGCCCAGCGGCGAGUGCAAGCCCAAGAGCAUCCUCAAGAAGAGCAACUCCAACCUGGAGUCGAGCAGCAUCGGGUACGUGAGCGAGGACUACCUCAUGACGCCGAGUAGUUCCUCGACCGUGGUAGGCGAGGACGAGGACGCGGCCAACCUCCUGAAGCCCCCGCUGCUGCAUUCCUUCAGCUACACCCCCGGCUUCAGCUAUGAGCAAAACACAGCGCUGUAGCUUAGCUGUCACCUGUAAUUAGCGUAUCCAUUAUUUUGUUCUCCCUUCAUCCAAGUUCAUAGGCAUUUGUAAUAAUUAGUGUAUGCAAAUUAUAUUAUACAUUGUAAAUACAGUGAAGCUGCGCAAA